GUCAGAAGGAAGAGCGGCGCGCCAGUAUCACGUGCAGUUCUUUCGGCGGACGCCCCCGAGGAGGGCAUGGAUUUUCGAGAAGAGCCUGGCGGCUUUCGAAGGAGAAGGGCAGUUUGAGGAGCUGUAGGAGAGUGCCAGGCAGGCGCCCACGAAGGCGGAGAAAGUCAAGCUGCUGAAACCCAUUUCAGGGAAACUGAGGGCCCAGUGGGAGAUGGGCCUCCUGCAAGCGGCCGCCGCAGCCGCCAUGCCGGCCGAGGAGCGGAGAGCCAAGUUCACCUUCCUGUACGUGGACGGCCAGCUGCACCUGAACCCGCACGCGGCCCGGGAGGCCGGCCUGGCUGUGGAGGUGCCCGGGGCCGCGCUGGCGCCCGAGGGAGGAGCCGCUGGGGACCCCGGGUCCUGGAGAGCAGAGGGCGGCCCUGUCAAGAGACGGCGGAGAGCCAGGCUGCGUCGCGCUCCCGAGAGCCAGGACGGUGGCCCUGGGACGGGGACGACGGCUCCUCCGAAGGUGGCUGAGCCCGGCUCCCCGAGAGGCCCGGGGUCUCCGCCCAGGAGGAGGAAGGCCGCGGCCUCCACGCUGCGCAGCAGGAAGGGCGACGCCGCGUCCCAGUUCCUGGUUUUCUGCCAGAGGCACCGGGACGAGGUGAUGGCUGAGCACCCCGACGCCUCCCGGGAGGAGAUCGAAGAGCUGCUGGGGUCACAGUGGAACAUGCUGAGCGAGAAGCAGAAAGCCCGCUACAACACCAAGUUUGCCGUCCGGGCAGCGUCCCCCUCCGAGGAAGACUCUGGUAACCUGUAUGGGAGAAAAAGGACCCACCCGAAGAGGACUCAGGACCCCACAGGAGACGCCGAGUGUGAAGAGGCGCCCAGGAAAAGACUCAGGACGGACAAGCAGGGGCUUCGGAAGAGAGAGACCAUUGCAGACAGAACAUCCCGCACAGGAUCCUGCAAGGCCGCAGAGGCCCUGUCCUCCCUGAAGAGCCAGGCAGCAACAAAACACCUGUCUGAUGCGUGCAAACCGCUGAAGAAGCGGAACCGGACAUCGGCAGCCGCGCCCUCUGCACUCGCCUAUAACAAGAGCUCAUCUCCCUCUGCCUCCUUAACUGAGAACGAGGUCUCGGACGGCGUGGGCGACGAGCCCUCGGAGUCCCCGGACGAAAGUGCCGACGAGACUCAGACCGAAGUGUCCGUCUCCUCAAAAAAGUCGGAGCGAGGCCUGACCGCCAGGAAGGAGCACGUGUGCCAGCUGUGCGAGAAGCCCGGCCGCCUCCUGCUCUGCGAGGGCGCCUGCUGCGGGGCCUUCCACCUCUCCUGCCUCGGGCUGCCCCGGCCGCCGGAAGGGGGCUUCGUCUGCAGCGAGUGUGUCUCAGGGAUCCACUCGUGCUUCGUGUGCAAGGAGAGCACAGCGGACGCCAAGCGCUGCUCCGUGCCGCAGUGCGGGAAGUUCUACCACGAGGCCUGCGUGCGGAGGUUCCCCCUGACGGUGUUCGAGGGCCGCGGCUUCCGGUGCCCCCUGCACGGCUGCGUGAGCUGCCACGCCUCCCACCCCUCCAGCUCGCGCGCCACGAAAGGGAAAAUGAUGCGGUGCCUGCGCUGCCCGGUCGCCUACCACGGCGGGGACGCCUGCCUGGCGGCCGGCUGCCUGGUGGUCUCGUCCCACAGCAUCGUCUGCACGGCCCACUUCACCGCGCGGAAGGGCAAGCGGCACCACGCCCACGUCAACGUGAGCUGGUGCUUUGUGUGCUCCAAAGGAGGGAGCCUGCUGUGCUGCGAGUCCUGCCCGGCGGCCUUCCACCCCGACUGCCUCAGCAUCGACAUGCCGGACGGCAGCUGGUUCUGCAACGACUGCCGGGCGGGGAAGAGGCUGCACCACCAGGACAUCGUGUGGGUCAAACUCGGGAACUACAGAUGGUGGCCGGCAGAAGUUUGCCAUCCCAAAAAUGUCCCCCCAAAUAUUCAGAAAAUGAAGCACGAGAUUGGAGAAUUCCCUGUGUUUUUCUUUGGGUCUAAAGAUUAUUACUGGACGCAUCAGGCUCGAGUGUUCCCGUACAUGGAGGGGGACCGGGGCAGCCGCUACCAGGGGGUCAGCGGGAUUGGCAGAGUCUUCAAAAACGCACUGCAAGAAGCGGAAGCUCGUUUCCGUGAAAUCAAACUGCAGCGGGAAGCCAGAGAGACGCAGGAGAGCGAGCGGAAGCCCCCGCCCUACAAGCACAUCAAGGUGAGUGCACCCCCGGGCGGCCUCCAGCCUGUGCUCCGCCCGCAGGGGGAGUUCGUGAACGAGUACGUGGGCGAGCUGAUCGACGACGAGGAGUGCAGGGCCCGCAUCAAGCACGCACAGGAGAACGACAUCACACACUUCUACAUGCUCACCAUCGACAAGGACCGCAUCAUCGACGCCGGCCCCAAAGGCAACUACUCCAGGUUUAUGAACCACAGCUGCCAGCCCAACUGCGAGACCCUCAAGUGGACGGUGAACGGGGACACGCGUGUGGGCCUGUUUGCCAUGUGUGACAUCCCUGCAGGGACAGAGCUGACGUUUAACUACAACCUCGACUGUCUGGGCAACGAGAAGACCGUGUGCCGGUGUGGCGCCCCCAACUGCAGCGGGUUCCUCGGGGACAGACCGAAGACCUCCACCGUGCUGUCUUCAGAGGAAAAGGGCAAAAAGACCAAGAAGAAAAGCCGGAGGCGCCGGACCAAAGGCGAAGGGAAGAAGGAGUCGGAGGACGAGUGCUUCCGCUGCGGCGACGGCGGGCAGCUGGUGCUGUGCGACCGCAAGUCCUGCACCAAGGCCUACCACCUGUCCUGCCUGGGCCUGGGCAAGCGGCCCUUCGGGAAGUGGGUGUGCCCUUGGCAUCACUGUGACGUGUGUGGCAAACCUUCGGCCUCCUUUUGCCACUUGUGCCCCAAUUCCUUCUGCAAGGAGCACCAAGACGGGACCACCUGGCGCUCCACCGCAGACGGGCGCUCCUACUGCUGCGAGCACGACUCAGGGGCCGAGGCCCAGAGCCCCUUCCCCGCGCCCAGGAGGCCCCAGGGCAGGAGGCGGCGCAGGUGCUGGCGGAGGGUCACGGAGGGCAAAUAGCACCUGGUGUGGCC